UCCAAAUAUAAAAAUGACUUAUUCUUUUAAUCAUGCCGCGUUUGACCUUUCUCAGUUAACAAAAAAAAAAAAAAGCACCAUUCGUCCGCCAUGGCUGAGUCCUUUGUUCCCCUAAUCAAACAUUUAUUUAUCCAUUAUUAUCUAGACGCUUGGAAUUCAUAAACCCAUUUGAAAGUUCCUUCCUUUUUUUUCUUUUCCCCUUCUUUCCUAUCUCAUCUCGCCACUCGUCUGAUCUCCGCCGAUCGUUUCCAUGGCGGAUAUAGUAAAGCAAACUGUCGACAAGCCGAUCCAACUGGCUGACCAGGUGGUCAAAUCCGCCGACGAGGCUAGCUCCUUCAAGCAGGAGUGCGCCGAGCUCAAGGCCAAGACCGAGAAGCUCGCUGGGCUUCUCCGCCAGGCUGCGCGGGCCAGCUCCAACCUCUACGAGCGGCCGACUCGUCGGAUCAUCGACGACACCGAGCAGGUACUCGACAAGGCUCUCUCGCUGGCCCACAAAUGCCGAGCCAACGGCGUGAUGAAGCGCGUCUUCACCAUCAUCCCCGCCGCGGCGUUCCGGAAGAUGCACGCCCAGCUCGAGAACUCGAUCGGCGAUGUCUCAUGGCUCCUCCGCGUCUCCGCCGCGGCAGAGGACAGAGGCGACGCCGGGUACCUGGGUCUUCCCCCGAUCGCUGCCAACGAGCCCAUCCUGUGCCUGAUCUGGGAGCAGAUCGCAAUUCUCUACCCCGGCUCGCUGGAGGACCGGUCAGACGCCGCCGCAUCGCUCGUGUCGCUGGCGCGUGACAACGACCGCUACGGGAAGCUCAUAAUCGAGGAAGGAGGCGUGGUCCCUCUGCUGAAGCUGCUCAAGGAGGGGAAGCCGGAGGGGCAAGAAAACGCGGCGCGUGCACUCGGUUUGCUGGGUCGUGACCCGGAGAGCGUGGAGCACAUGAUCCACGGCGGCGCGUGUUCUGUUCUCGCCAAGGUUCUCAAGGAAGGGCCGAUGAAGGUGCAAGCGGUGGUGGCUUGGGCCACGUCGGAGCUGGUGGCGAACCAUCCCAAGUGCCAGGACGUGUUCGCUCAGCACCACGUCACUCGUCUUCUAGUCGGCCACUUGGCCUUCGAGACGAUUCAAGAGCACAGCAAAUACGCCAUUACCACCGGUAAACCCACUUCUAUCCAUCACGCGGUUGUUCUCGCCACGGAAAACCCUAAUUCCGCCGCCAACAAGGCCACCGAGGAGGAUCAGAGCCCCAUUCCCCACCCGACGGCCAAGCAUAUGUCGAAUCAGAUGCACAAUGUCGUGGUCAACACCAUGGCGAUGAAGACGGCUAACGGCGUCAAAGUCAAUCAGACCAACGGCGUUAAGCCCAGUCACCAUCUCAACAACCACCACCACCACCAGAAUCAGGGUGGCGCCGGGAAGGUUCGAGAGCUCGAAGACCCGGCGACCAAGUCGGAGAUGAAGGCCAUGGCGGCCAGAGCGCUGUGGAAGCUGGCGAAGGGCAAUUCAGCGAUCUGCAAAAGCAUCACCGAGUCGAGAGCUCUCUUGUGCUUCGCUGUUCUGUUAGAAAAGGGCAGCGAAGAUGUGAGAUACAACUCCGCUAUGGCGUUGAUGGAGAUCACGGCCGUGGCCGAGCAAGACGCCGACCUGAGGCACUCGGCGUUCAAGCCCAACUCGCCGGCGUGCAAGUCCGUCGUCGAUCAAAUGCUUAAAAUCAUAGAAAAUGGCGAUCCUGAUCUGCUCAUCCCGUGCAUCAAAUCUGUCGGGAACCUCGCGAGAACAUUCAGAGCGACAGAAACGCGGAUGAUUGGGCCUCUGGUGAAGCUUCUGGACGAUCGAGAGGCCGAAAUCUCUCGGGAAGCGGCCAUUGCGCUGACGAAUUUUGCCGGGACAGGGAAUUACUUGCACAAAGAUCAUUCGAGGGCAAUUAUAGAGGCAGGAGGAGGGAAGCAUCUGGUUCAGCUGUCGUACUUCGGGGAGAGCGUGGUCCAGAUUCCGGCAUUGGAGCUUCUGUGUUACAUAGCGAUGAACGUUCCCGACAGCGAACAGCUGGCAAAGGACGAGGUCUUGACAGUGUUGGAAUGGGCGUCGAAGCAGUCAUGUGUUUGUCAGCUCGAGAGCUUGGAGAGUCUGUUGCUUGAAGCUAAGAGCAGACUCGAGCUCUAUCAGUCGAGAGGAUCCAGGGGUUUCCAUUGAUGUCUGUUUCGAAUUCUUUUUUAUUUAUUUAUUAUGAUUUUGAUGGAAUCUUGAAUCCUCAAUCUUUGUGCAGAGGAAGAGCCAAAAAGGCCGGAGCUUUUUUUUUGUUAUUGUUCGUCAGAUCUCGGAGAAAGUAUCAAAAAAUAUCGUUUGUUGGUUUCCAA